AUGGCGGAUCACCAGGAGAUGAUCCAUCCACCAGCGGCUACCACUACGGGCAGUACCAGUCACGGACACGGCGGCGAUUGGUGGACCACGGCGGUGUCCUGCUCGCCGGAGCAGCUACCUGCUGGGUUUGGCGCCGCCGGCUGGUCGUCUGCUGAAGGCAACAAGUCGAGGUCCGGAAACGCGGCCUCCUCGGAGUCUCCCGGGUCCAACCACUCGCUCGCCACCGGCGGUAGCUCCGUAACCUUCCAAGACCCUGCAGGUGCCGUCGCCGAUCAAGGCGUGGUCGCCAUGCCGUCGCACCCCGCGGCGUCUGGUCUCGCCUCCAGCAGCUGGAACCAGCCUUCUUACUACUUGGACGGAUCUGUUGGUUUCCAUGGCUACAUGAGCUCAAGAAGCGACCAGCAGGUUCAUCACCUAGGUCUGAGGAGCCCCUCAUCGAAUCACAACAACAGCUUGAUGCUACAGGACGCCCAUGAUCCCAACCACCAGUUCCUGUCCAACCUUGGGCUGGAGCUGCUCUCGUCGCCGACUUCGUCUUCCGGCGGGUUCCGGACCUCCUCACUGCUCAGAAGCCUCACGGAGCCAUCGGCGGCAGCAGCAGCGAAGACUUCGCCGGGCUUCCUGCAGCAAUACCAGCAGCAGCAGACGAUGAACCAAGCACCAGCUGGAAGCAUCAGGGAGGCUCUGCAGUUCACCAAUAGCACGCCGUUUUGGAACCCUUCUGCCGGCGGGUUUGCUUCGGUGGCGGAGGGGGCAGCAAGCUUACUAGGGACUGCCGCUGGACCACCGUCAGGGCAAUCUAGGCCGGCGAAUUUUGGAGUCAAGAGUGCAUUAGAAGGUGCCGGAGACUCUAGCAACAUCAUUGCAAAGAGGACGAACACCGCUCCAACGCCGCCGCUCAAGAAAUCGAGAACAGGGACACCAUCACCGUUGCCUACCUUCAAGGUGAGGAAAGAGAAGCUUGGUGACAGAAUCACAGCACUUCAGCAACUAGUCUCCCCUUUUGGAAAGACGGAUACGGCAUCGGUGCUCCACGAGACCAUCGAGUACAUCAAAUUCCUGCACGAUCAAGUUGGUUCACUCAGUGCUCCUUACCUAAAGAACAGGCAGCAAGUGCCCCAUCACAAGGUCUUGAGGGACGGAGGCGAGGCGGCGGCGGCAAACGGAGAACUCACUGGCCGAGGGCUGUGCCUAGUCCCAAUAUCAAGCACCUUCGCGGUGGCCAGUGAGAUGCCGCUCGAUUUCUGGACGCCGUUUGGAGGCCCUGCCUUCCGGUAG